CAGUCGUCGGGUUUACAGUCAGAAGAUUUUUCCCCCAAAGCAAGAUGGCGACGUCCAUGAGUUCAACUCCAGACAUGCUGGAAAACGUGCAGCAGUCACAGACAGAAAUGACAGAUGACGGAGGAAGUACUCACUGUGGACUACACAAUACAGACACUAAACCACCAUGUAUGAUAGUUCUGGGAAUGGCAGGGUCUGGAAAAACAACGUUUGUUCAGAGGAUCACGGCCCAUCUCUAUGCAAAGAAACAGGUGCCAUAUGUUAUCAACUUGGACCCAGCAGUGCAUGAAGUCAGCUUUCCAGCAAAUAUCGAUAUCCGAGACACAGUGAAGUAUAAAGAGGUCAUGAAGCAGUAUGGUCUGGGACCCAACGGUGCCAUUAUGACGUCACUCAAUCUUUUUGCAACGCGCUUCGACCAGGUCAUGCAGUACGUGGAGAACAGGAAAGCGGAAACAAAGUAUGUUAUUGUUGACACACCGGGUCAGAUUGAAGUCUUCACAUGGUCAGCGUCUGGGGCUAUUAUAUCAGAAACCAUGGCUGCGUCUUUCCCAACGGUGAUCGUUUAUGUCAUGGACACCGCUCGGAGCGUCAACCCAGUAACCUUUAUGUCCAAUAUGCUCUAUGCAUGCAGCAUCCUCUACAAAUACAAACUUCCUUUUGUGGUCGUUAUGAACAAGAUCGAUAUUGUGGAUAACGGUUUUGCUAUUGAGUGGAUGCAAGACUUUGAGGCUUUCCAAGACGCUCUGAAUCAAGAAACAUCCUACACCUCCAAUCUCACAAGAUCCAUGAGCUUAGUUCUCGACGAGUUCUAUCAGAACCUUAAAGCUGUAGGUGUCUCGGCAGUGACUGGGAAAGGUGUUGACGAGUUCUUCAAGGCAAUUGAUGAAGCUGUGAAUGAGUACGAAGCAGAAUACAAGCCAGAAUAUGAAAGAAUUAAACGUGAAAAGCUUGAAGCAGAAGAGAAGUUCAAACACAAGCAACUGGAGAGGCUGAAGAGGGACAAGGGCAAAGGUCAAAAGGUCAACUUACCUGGGUCACCAGUUGCUAUGGCUACAGAUUCUAGUGAUGCUGAGAGGUCAGCGGUGUCUCUUGGCCUUGGUCUCCAUGACGAUGAGGAUGAUGAUGAUGAAGAGCUGAUGGAUAAAGAUGAAGAAGAAGAACUUCGAGAAGCAGAGUCAUUCAAGCGAUUCCUCCAGAGCCAAGAGGCUCAUCAAACUUGCCAAUCAAAUCAAGAUACGGAUACAAAACCAGGGACUUGAAACCAAGACUAGCCUAGGGUAGAUAACAUCAACCUCACCUAUCGGGUCCACCGUAGUCCUCCAGCCAUAGAGCCAUACACAUACCAACUGGAAGCACGGGGCCACCUGGUAAAAGAACAGCAAAAGAAAAAAACAUCAGCUGAAAUUCAGGUCAAGAAACUUUGUUUGUUGACUUGUAAACGACUACAAUUGAAGAGACAAAGCAUCUCCAAAUUACUUCCUGAAUGUAAAUAUUAAAUAUUUUGGCUGAAAGGUGUAAUUUAAUAAGGGAAUAAACAGAAAGGGGUAGCGACGAGUUCUUCGUGGGUUCGAAUUCCUUCCAAGUGAUAUGCCUGUGGGUUUUUUUUUCAAAGGAAUCGGGGGGAAAGUACCGAAGUUACAGUGCUAUACAUACAUCAGGGUUUGGUUUAAAACCUAACAAUAUAAUAGUAAUAAAAUAAUAAUAACUGUAUUUGUAAAGCGCCAAAUUGCCAAAGGAUACAAAGCCCUGUCGACCAGCUACAGACUAGGGGAAAAAAUCAGUUCCUUUGUACCAUUUUUUUGUACUUACACCAGCCAAUCACAUGAUAGAUCCAGAGACUAAAGGCUCGUUGCUCGUCAUGGUCUAUGUUCGACGAGAAAACUAUCUGAAUAGCCCCCUCUAAUGACCAUAGAAAUUGCGUCGUCAGAAGGUAGUGAGUAGCAAUCGCCAGAAUUCUGCAUAAAGUCUGUGUAGUGAUGGAAGAUCAUGAAUGUAGUUAUCAGUCUUAUAGAUCAUAGAGUUGUAGCAGUCCUUAUCUGUAGUUGUCAAAUUGUUGAUUGGUCAGACAAAGAGUACAAGGGGAGAGUCGAGACAUUGUUUGACUUCAAAUCCCAUUUUAAAUGGUGAUAUUUCUACAGUUAAAUCAACAAAAUGUGCUCAAAAAAUGACUGAAAUAUUUUACAGGAACCAUUACCAAAGUCCCUAUGGUUCUCCACAGGAAUCAUUAUAAUUGUUCCUACAAAAACCAAAAUUGUCUGCUGAACUGUUAGUAGCUCGCUUCAGUCUUCAUCUUGUCAUUCAACAAGAGUAAUCAGUUCUAAACAGUCAGAGGACUGUUACAAGUCUUAAAGGAACCAUUUCUAUGUUUUUCUACUCCUAUUUAGAAGUAGUGAAUAACUUUACCACAAACUGAAAGCUCCAAUCUCAGGUAUUGUAAACAGUCUUACCAACCUGAUUGGUUGUUCUUUCUACACAGAACCAACCUGAUUGGUUGUUCUUUCUGCACGGAACAAACCUGAUUGGUUGUUCCUUCUACACAGAACCAACCUGAUUGGUUGUUCCUUCUACACAGAACCAACCUGAUUGGUUGUUCCUUCUACACAGAACCAACCUGAUUGGUUGUUCCUUCUACACAGAACCAACCUGAUUGGUUGUUCCUUCUACACAGAACCAACCUGAUUGGUUGUUCCUUCUACACAGAACCAACCUGAUUGGUUGUUCCUUCUACACAGAACCAACCUGAUUGGUUGUUCCUACUACACAGAACCAACCUGAUUGGUUGUUCUUUCUACACAGAACCAACCUGAUUGGUUGUUCCUUCUACACAUAACCAACCUGAUUGGUUGUUCUUUCUGCACGGAACAAUCUGAUUGGUUGUUCUUUCUACACAGAACCAACCUGAUUCGUUGUUCCUUCUACACAUAACCAACCUGAUUGGUUGUUCCUUCUACACAGAACCGAACCUGAUUGGUUGUUCCUUCUACACAGAACCGAACCUGAUUGGUUGUUCUUUCUACACAUAACCAACCCGAUUGGUUGUUCCUUCUACACAGAACCAACCUGAUUGGUUGUUCUUUCUACACAGAACCAACCUGAUUGGUUGUUCUUUCUACACAGAACCAACCUGAUUGGUUGUUCUUUCUACACAUAACCAACCUGAUUGGUUGUUCCUUCUACACAGAACCAACCUGAUUGGUUGUUCCUUCUACACAGAACCAACCUGAUUGGUUGUUCUUUCUGGACAGGAAUUAUAAUGAAUCUGAUUGGUUGUUAUUAAUCUAACCAGUUACCUGAUUGGUUGUUCUUUCUAGACCAGCCAUCACCACGACAAAACUCAGUAUAAUAGAGAGAGCUAAAGAUGCGUGAAUUGUCAAUGCUGCUGAGUUCAAAUGCCUUUUGGAAAAAU